AUGCCGUCCUUCGUGCCGAGCCAGGAACUGGUGCAGCAAUACCACCGCGACGGCUUCCUCGUGCUCCGUGCAGAAGAUCACGGCCUCGUCACACCUGAGCAGCUACAAGCCUGGACGGGGGAGGUGCGCGAGUGGCCGGCGGAAAGGGGCAAAUGGAUGCCGUACCACGAGGUCAACACCGACGGCACGCGACAGCUCAUGCGGACCGAGAACUUUGUCGACUACCAUCCCGAGUUCCACACGUUGCUGUGCGGCGAGGCCCUGGCGAGGAUUCUGAAGAGUAUUUCGGGAGAUGACAUGCUGCUCUUCAAAGACAAGAUCAACUACAAACUCCGCUCGGGCAACGGCUUCGCGGCGCACCUCGACGCGCCCGCGUACGAUCACAUCGGCAAGAUCGAGCACCUCACGGCCAACUUUGCCGUCGACGAAGCGACCGUCGACAACGGCUGCAUCGAGGUCGUCCCGGGCUCGCACCGCAUGCCCGUCGAGCUGUCCCACGGCGGCGCCAUCUCCAAGGCCUGGGAGGACAGCCACGAGUGGGUCAAAGUCCCGCUGCGGCCGGGCGACGUUCUCCUCUUCGGGAGCCACCUCGCGCACAGGAGUGCGCCGAAUCGCUCCCCGAAGAACAGGAGUAGUAUCUACGCGACGUACCAUGGGAAGAGUGACGGGGUGGAUCUGAGGCGGAGGUAUUACGAGCAUCGGAGGGAGAAUUUUCCUCCUGACCACGAACGCGUGGCUGGAAAGGAUUACAGCCAGGGUUACAAGACGUACGGGUUCGCCGCCCCGUUCAUGUCGGAGAAGCAGGUCGAUCAGGACACGGCCAGGGUACAGCCUGUCCAUUGA